AUGAGGCGGAGCUGCGUGCUAAAAGCUGCAUUGGAUUUGGCAGCUGCAGCGCUGUGCAUUGGGUGGAGGAAUGGAGGCAAGCUAAAGGGGGGGAGUGCGCAUAAAUGCAAGAUGAGGCGCAUAUGCGUGUUGCGCAUUGCAUUGGAUUUGGCAGUUGCAGCGCUGUGCGUUGAGUGGGGGUGGGGGAAGGAGCCGAAGUGGUAUGUUGGGAGUUGGUUGGCAGGAUUUGACUGGCCGAUAUUUGAUGGAGUGGAUGCCUUUGCAUACGGCAGGAUAGGCAGCUUAUAUUGCAGGAAGGUGCAGCGCUGCGCGUCGAGUGGGAGGUGGGGGGAAGCUAAAUGCGGGAAGGAGCCGAAGUGGUAUGUUGGGGAUUGGUUAGGAGGAUUUGACUGGCGGAUAUUUGUUGGAGUGGAUGCCUUUGCAUACGGCAAGAGGGGCAGCUAA